AUCUUGUGCGCAUAGUACAGUUGGCGCAAUACGUAACAUCCUUACACAUGAUUGGUCAAUACUAUCAGCUGUACGGUGACAAUCGUCAUUUUUAGACCGGCGUUUGAUGCUCUCCUAUGUAUUCGUUCGUGUAGGCAUAAUGGCGGACAUGUAUUGAAUAUGAACAGAUAACCUAGCUUAAUGUAACCACGAGUUUGGGAGGAGCGUGGAGUGCGAACGAUCGUUAAGAUAGAAUAAAAAACUAUUCUAAAUUAGAUCCAAAUAUGAAUAAAACACCAGUUUCUAUACUUCAAGAGAUGAUGGUGAAAAAAGGAUCAGUGCCAAAUUAUGAGCUGAUACACGACGGUGGUGGCACUCAUAUAAACACUUUUACAUACAAAGUAACAUGUGAUGGUUUCACCGCGACUGGUACAGGUCGUUGUAAAAAAGAUGCUAAACACGAAGCUGCCAAUGCUAUGUUAACAACAAUUGCCACACAUAGAAAUUAUCCACAGUUGCCAGCAUCACCUGCUACAUCUCCUGUUAGAACUCCAAUGCCUGAUUCGUUACCAAUGUCUCCAAGAAUGCCAGCAAAUAUACCUUUUGUUAAUACUAUAGGUGCUUUACAGGAUCUUUGCGCCGAGAAUAACUUGCAGGAACCUGAAUAUGUACCUGUCAGUGAUGUUGGGCCACCACAUGCAAGAGUUUUCACUAUUCGAUGUGUAGUAUCUAACUUUUCAGAAGACGGAGUUGGAACAACAAAAAAACAAGCAAAGCAUGAUGCUGCUAAGAAAAUGGUCGAUAAGAUAAAUAGUCUCGUCAAUGGUAAAUUAAAAAGCUUGAGUAUAGAGAAUGAUCCUGAAAACAAUAAAGAUUUUGAAUUAUCCAGUGAGUUUGCAAAAUCAAAAUAUUGUAUUCUGAAAAAAUUGACUAGAAAAACUAAUUUAGGUAUUAGAUUAACUGAAUAUCACACUGUAACAAGAGAUAACCUAGAUACUGAUUUACGCCAUAAAAUAUUAGAAGAAUUGUGUAAUUUAAUUCCUAGUGAUUUCAGUCAAGUUACUGACGAGUUACUACUAGAAAAGUUGUCAAAGUUGGGAAACUUGUUGUCAGAAGUUAAUAUAGCACUUAUUUUGCAAGAUGCACGAUUUAUAGAUACCAGAAAUUACACAAAAAUUAUGCAACUAGAUACAUGUCCUCCAAUUAUACAGAUUGGCAUAGGGAAAACGGAGGCAGAAGCCACUUUUAAAGCAUUAUCAUAUAUGAUAAGUACUCUAAAGUUACUUUGGUCAUAGAAUAUAUUGGUAUAGAAUAUAUCAAUAUAGAAUUGUGAAAUAUAAGAUUAAAUUUAUUUUCAUAAUUUUAAAAAGUUUAGCUCUCUGGAUUUGUCACUUUCUAAAGGUGUGAUCAAUUAAAAUUACUUUAUUUUUUUAUUUGAAAAAUAUUUUUUUAAGUUGUAAUAGAAGGGUUAAGAAAAAGAAGAAUUCAGUAAUACACAAUAACAUAUAUCUUACAUUUUAUUUACAGAUACAUAGCGUCUAUUUUCUGUUAAAAAGAAUUUAAGUCAUGAAAUUAUAUGUAAC